GCCCCCAUAUGCGCUCGACUUCCUGUUUUGCUUGUGCUCCGCCGUGUUAAUCCCACGUGCGUGUGUUUAGAAAGCUUCAGUUUGCGUGAUAAACGUUUAUAACGGGUGUAAGGAGCUCUAUGUUACCGGAAUGGCUUUCACAAUGAAAUAAAUACCGAAGGAAAGUACCCGGGGUCGCGUGUGUGUGAAUAAUUAGCAGCUAGCAUGCCUCUAAGAGUCAGGCAGUAAAUAAGUAAGAGUUAUGGAGAAUAUUUUCCAGGAUUCGGUUCAGAGCGACACUCAGAAAGAUGCUGUGGUUGAAACGCCUGCUGGGUCUGACAGUGACUCUGGUGACAGCUUGUUUUUGACCCAGUCUGUGACAUCAGCUCAGAGGACCCUUAUAAGACGCCGUCCAUCUAAUACACAGGAUUGUCCCUUCAGUCAGGAGUCAGAGGAUAAGCAGGAGACGGCGCAGCAUGAAGACACUGGGGCAAAGAGUGACUCUGACAGCGAAACUAAUUAUCCUGACAUGCUUCGUAGGUGGCUCAAACUGGGAAACAUACAUGCCAGGACUAGGCGUCAACCUCGCUUGAAGCAUUGGAGAGCACCUCCAAAGAGAAUGGUGUUACCUUUCCUGAAGAAGUUUGACUCUGGAAAGCUUUGUGUCCGUAAAAACCAAACUAUAGUGAACUCCGAGAUCGGUGGGUUCUUUAAAUGCGUACUGAAGCUGAGCAAAGGGCAGGAGAAAAACAGAAGAGAACUGAGUCCAUCAAUGUUGCCUUCGGAAUGGGAGCAAAACAGUAUGGAGGAUGACGAAGAUGAUGAUGAAGACAUAAGAAAAGUGAAUACAGACUGCUUUGUUUUCAACGCGAAUAAAAGAAACCGACAAACAUGGCUACCCUUCCUGAAAUGGAAAACGAAACAGGAUCCAAGAAAGUGCACUGAGCAGAGCAAAAAAUGUCAAGACGAGCAGGAGAAAUGCUUUCAGACCGAGGAAGCUGCUGAAGACCUGAUGGAGCUUCAAGAUGACACGGAUAUACAAAAUGAGAGCAGUUUGAUCAAUAUGGAAGAGCCUCAGUCCAGGAAAACAGGUGAAAGAAGCAGUAAAUCUCCUGCUAGUUCUUCUCGCUCUCCUUGUUCUACCCCUUCUUGUCUUUCCCCUGAAAAGUCUCAUAUUGUUAAAAAUUUAUUCAUGGAUCUUCAGGAGGAACACUCUGAGAAUCAGCCACAAGUUUUAGUCACAUGCUCACAAUCACAAUCGCUCGGCUGGCAUCAAGCCCAGAAGAUUGACAAAGCUUGCGAGAACUUGAUGGAACCCAUUGAUGAAAUGGCAGUUGCGGAGACACAGUGGCCAAGUUCAGCAGACCAUGAUGACGACGAAACCCAGAUUUUGGAGGACGUCCCUAUGGACAGAGACAGAGAGGACGAUGCACUCUGCUUGGAAAACGUCUCAUCCCAUGAACACCAAGGACAAAACGAGGAUAUCCUUGAAGGCGUACAUCAUGAGCUGGUGGAAAACGAAGACUUGGGUAGUGUUAGUGGAGAUUUCAUUGGCUCACAGGAUCUUUUUCAAGAACCAAAUAAUCAAGCGAGUCCUUUAAAAGAGACUGCUGAAAAAAUCUUUAAAAGCUUUGUGGUGCUUCAUGACACAGAUUCACUAAUGAAGAACAAGAGAUGUUCAUUAAUCUUAGCAGACAUGGAGGGCGACCAUGUUAAAUAUUCCGAAUUUCAGAGAACUCAACCAAGUGAAAUCUCACAAACAGAUGGAGAAAUAGACCAGGAAAAGAGCAAAAAGACAAUGCCAUUAGAAGAUAACACAACAGGAUCCAGAGGAAGUGAUUACUCAAGUCCCAGUAAGGACGUCCUCAUGGUCAGACAGGAAGAGGAGACUGAGACCCCACUGUUUAAAUAUGGAGGGAUAAAAUUUCUGAAAAGGAAGAAAGCUAAAAAGACUAAAGCCCCUGAGAUUUCUGAUAACCUUCCACCGGUACAAGAUAAUCUGGGUCCCAAUGAAGAUUCUGCAUCUCAGUUGGAUGACGAGGUCAAACAGAAAAACAGAAAUAAGCUCAAAAGUGUUGGGUUGUUGGAGGAACAAAUCGACACCUUGCCAGAAAUCAGCAUUCCUACAGAGUCAAGUCUAUCAGUUCAGGACUCUUCAUUGGUUUGUGCUUCAGUGAAUGGAAUUAAACAAAAGAAAAAGAGAACAAAAGAUAAAAGUUUUGGGUCAUUAGAGGAACCAGUUGAUGCCUUACAAGAAAUCAGCAUUCCUACAGAGUCAAGUCUGUCAGUUCAGGACUGUUCAGUGGUUUGUGCUUCAGUUGGAGAAAGUAAACUAAAGAAAAAGAGGAAAAAAGACAAAAAUCUUGGGCUGUUAGAGGAACCAAUUGAGACCUUGCCAGAAACCAGUGAUCCUCCUGAGUCAAGUCAGGACUCUUCAAUGGCUUGUCCUUCACUGAAUGGAAUUAAACAAAAGAAAAAGAGAAAAAAGGACAAAACUGUUGGGUCGUCCGAGGAACCAGUCAAUACCUUGCAAGAAAUCAGUGUUCCUACAGAAUCAAGUCUAUCAGAUCAGGACUCUUCAGUGGCUUGUGCUACAGUUGGUGGAAGAAAACCAAAGAAAAAGAGAAAAAAAGACAAACAUGGUCAGCCGGAGUCACAGGAAGAUCAGUGGACUGGUGUAGAGGAUUUUGUCCAGAUCCCCUCUCAAGGUUCUGCUUAUUUAGUGUCCAUAGCUGAGGAAACUGAACUAUUGAACAGAAACGAUCCUUCUAAUCCUCAGGUGGACAUUAGUGUACAAGCUCAUGUUCAAUCUGAUGGUCAUGAACGAAGAACGAAAAAGGAGACCAAGAAAAGAAAGGAUUCAGGUCCUGUGAUGUCUGAUGAGAUGGUUUCUCCCAAGUGUACUGGAGAGUCUCUUACAAGCCUUGGUACCAAAACCAAGAAAAAGAAACGAAAGUUUGUAGAUGUGGGAGAAGUCGGAGAGAUGUCUACCGCCAGCAAGGAUCUUGGGGAACCAUUAGACCAAAUCCUUGAAGCAGGCAUAGAAAUCCAGCCAGCAAAUAAUGUAGAUUUGAUGAUGGAUGACUUUGUAACUCCAAGGAAAAAGAAAAAAAGGAAGCAGCAGGAGGUGGUCAGGGAAGAAAAUGUGGAUGUUGAGACUUCAGAUACUUUUCAAGAUUCUGAGCAACAAGCAGCUGAGGUGGCUGAGGUAAAAAAGCAAAAGAAGAAAAAGCACAGAACUUCAGCAGAAACAUGUCAAGAAGAGGAGGUGUCUAAAAAUGCAGCCUUGUCUCUAGGAGACACAACAACAUCCGAUACUCCGAGCACUAAAAGUGAGACUGGAGGGAUUGAUGAGGAGGAAGGUCUUGGUGCAUCUGAGCCAGUGAAGAAAAAGAAGAAGAAGAAGAAAAAAAAAGAUCUGGACAAUGAUGAAUCAUGGUCAGUUUCUCAUGGCUUGGAAUAUUUGCAUAACUCCCAUAAUGAACAGACAACAGUGGAGAAAGAAGCGUCAAGAAGUGGACAGAGACUUGGCAAGGAACAUCCUGCACCAUGUUUGGUAAUGGAGUUAACAAAUGACGUGAAGAAGAAAAAGAAACGUGAGAGGACCAAAGGUGAUGACUCUGAAAAUAGCCAAGAAGUUCUGCAAUCAGAAGAUAGUAUACAGCCAAAUGGGAAAAAGAAAAAGAAAAAAGAUGGGUAGAAACAGACAGACGUUGGAAUAUGAUGUUUGUCAGGAGAGUGGUUCUCCGUUAGAACCUUCAGAAGCAAUAACUGAGAAGAGGAAGAAGA